GCGCAGCGCGGAGCGGUUUGACCCUGCCCGGCCGCCAUCUGGCCCCGGGGGUUGCCGGGUAAAGUAAAAGAUGGCGGUGGCUGUUCGCUGCGCUCGGGUUCGCCGCGGCCUUUUGUCGCCAAGGGCAGGCCCUGGCAUUUCUGUGUUAGCUGCAGCACCAUCUGUGUUGCCGCAACACUGCCAAAUUCAUCAUGCUGUGAUCCCUUGUGGAAGAAGUGGACGAUCCUCUGUUAGUGGCAUCGUGGCCACUGUAUUUGGGGCUACAGGUUUCCUAGGACGAUAUGUUGUCAACCGUUUAGGUCGCAUUGGAUCUCAAGUAAUCAUACCUUAUCGCUGUGAUCAGUAUGACCUCAUGUAUCUGCGGCCGAUGGGUGACCUGGGGCAACUUCUCUUCUUAGAGUGGGACUGUAAGGACAAAGACUCUAUCCGAAGAGCCGUGGAACACAGCAAUGUGGUCAUUAAUCUUGUUGGAAAGGAAUGGGAAACAAAAAAUUUCAGUUUUGAAGAUGCAUUUGUAAAUAUCCCUAGAAGUAUUGCACGGAUAACUAGGGAAGCUGGUGUGGAAACAUUCAUUCAUAUCUCUCACCUGAAUGCAAGCAUGAAGAGUCCUUCCAAGUACCUCAGGAAUAAAGCUGUUGGAGAGAAAGCAGUGAGGGAAGAAUUUCCAGGUGCUAUAAUUCUAAAGCCCUCGGAGAUGUUUGGGAGAGAGGACCGAUUUCUCAAUCAUUACGCAAACAUGCGCUGGUUUGGUGGUGUGCCUCUUAUUGCGCUGGGCAAAAAAACAGUGAAGCAACCAGUAUAUGUGGUUGAUGUAGCAAAGGCCAUUAUUAAUGCAAUUAAGGAUCCUGAUGCUAAAGGAAAAACAUACGCUUUGGCUGGACCGAAACGAUAUCUCCUUUAUGACAUGGUGGAAUACGUCUAUGCAGUUUGCUUUCGAACCUUUAUUCCCUAUCCGCUUCCACGUCCUCUCUACCAUUUAGUUGCGAGAUUCUUUGAGAUUAGUCCAUUUGAACCAUGGAUAACACGAGACAAAUUGGACCGGUUUCACAUAACAGACAUGACGUUUCCUGAUCUUCCUGGUUUGGAAGACCUGGGUAUUCAACCAACAGCUCUAGAACAAAAAGCAAUUGAAGUUCUGCGCCGUCACCGCAGGUACCGCUGGUUGGACGCUGAGCUGGAGGAAGCAAAGCCAGCUAAGACAUACCCCAUGUAGCAGUUAAUAAGGUGAUUCUUUAACACUUCUUAAACUGCCUCUGUAUGACCCAAUUUGUUUGGAGAACUGUGUACAUACUGAGUAAAAUACAUUAAUCAUGUAAACUCUGUUUCACUCGUGUUGUAUUUUUAAUUAUGGAAAACUGUCAGGGAAAUGCAAAUUUUCUCUUGAAAAGAUCAUCAAAGUAAAUUUACAUACACUGUUGCUUAGCUUGUGAACAUUAAAAUAUUUUGAGGGUUGGGACUAGAGGGAAUGUGUCUGUUUCUCCCUUGACUCUCAAAGCAAGUAUAUCACUGAGCUUUUGUAAGUGCUCAAGUGACUGGAAGAACAUUGCCAUUCAGGACUGUGUGGCCUAGAACAUGUUCUUUCUGGUACUGCCACCUAUUUGGAUGAUGAGGUCUUAGUUAAAACCCCAUUUUUAAGUUUUUGACUUUUUGAACUUUGUUUUCUGCCCUGAGCAGAGCAGUUAUAGAAAAAGUCAACCAAACCAGAAACUGUUUCUAAUGUUAAGGAGCAUCAGUUAAACAAGUUACUACAUGUUGUCUAAUCUCUUGUGGUAAUAAUGUAUGCUGUGGCUCAUAGACAUGAUGAAAUGUGUCAUCUCUUCCUUUUUUAGAUAAGAAACUCUAAUCCUUUUUAGGUGCUCAAAGCUUUUAUGUUGCUGGGGCACCAUCUUUCUUUUGGUAAGAGGUAUAAACUUGAGUUGAGGAUUGAAUAUUUUCAGUUGUUUUAAGAUAAAGAAAAAUCCUUGCCUGAAUGUGAUUCAGAGCUGUGCUUUCUGUUUCCUUAUCCAAAUAGCUGCUGGAGGCUUUUGGUUUAAUUUUGGCAGGACCAUUGUUAGCUGGGGUCUGGCUUGAAUCUGAGUAAGUCUGUGCACAGGACUGAGAGCAGAGAUCUAGAUCCUGUACAUGCAGUGCAGUGUUCUGAUGGCUUCAUGGUGUGAAAGAAGACGUUUCUUGUAUCAAAGAGCUUGAAUGUUACUUACUCUUGAAUCAAGUGAGAGGCGAUAUGACAAGAGGGAAUGACCUCAAGUUGCACCAGGGCAGGUUCAGGUUAGACAUUUGAAAAAAUUUCUUCACGUAAAGGGUUCUAAGACACUGGACCAGGCGACUCAGGGAGGAGGUUAAGCCACCAUUCCUGGAGGUAUUUAAAAGAUGGAUAGAUAAAGUGCUUAGGGAUAUGAUUUAGUAGAGGACAGGUAUGGUUGGACUCAAUGAUCUCAAAGAUCUUUUCCAACCUUGGGAUUCUGUGAUACUGCUGGGCAAAAUGUGUCUUAAAUUUCAACAGUUUCCAUAUUUUGCUCUUCCAUAUAAACCUUAUUACUGCUAAUGUUUACUCUGCUGCGAAGAGGUAGACUCUUGUGAUAAUAUGAAUGUUUUGAUCCUGCCUACUAUUUAUUCAAUUUGGCUCUCAUGGGUUGUUUAUUUUUCUUUUGAUAAAUGCUAGUUCCAUUGUUUUAAAAUAAACCUGCCAAUUCAAACAUUCAAAAGCUAGGACACAUUAGGAGGGAAGUGCAUGUUGUUAGUAAUUUGAUACUUUUAUUAUUUUUCUGACUGCAGGCUUUUUUUUCCUGUAAGACCCUAAUUGUAAAUAAUAGCCUCAUUAGGGCUUAUUUAAUAUGUGUGGCCCUAAUCUUGAUUUAUUGCAUGCUAUUCACAUCCUGUUGUGAAAAAUGUAGUAUUUCUGAAGUGUUUCCCAAGUGGACAUAGAGUACAGAGGUGUGCAAUUAUGCUAGUUCUGCGUGACUUAAAAGCAGUCUCCAUCUUUGGAUGUCAAACUCUGGCAGAAAAAAAUGUCAAAGAUAAUGCUGUAAUGAUACGUGCAAGUUCUGGAAGCACUUACCAUAAUGCACUGGUGUUUGGUUCCUCCUCCCCCCCCCCACGUUCAAAGCACAGCUUUUCCAGUGUCUUCAAUUGCACCACAGACACAGAAUUUAGACAGAGAACAUGCAGGUGGUGAAAACCCAAGAAAAGUUUGCUUUAAGCAGCCUGUUCCACAUCAGCAAGGUAAAGUGGAGCAUUGCAUUAGUGCUCAGCUGCUGCAGCUGCAAGUUUUGUUUCUCACAAUACUGUGCCUUACAUGGGACUUAUGCAUCCUGCCUUACAGGAAUGACAGUGUUAUUUCUCAUUAUUUAUCCUCCCAAAGCAAUUGAAUGUAAAAAAAAAAAAAAAAAAAAAAAGUCACUUGUUUCAUAAUGCAGUCCAGAAUACAAAAUUGCUAUAGGUCAGUUUCAUCGGUGAUCUUUAUCCCUACUCUUUUGUCAGUGGCAGGAUUUUCCUCGUUAUGCUCUCCCUCAUUUCUCAGCUUACAAUAGUUUUUUUGCUAAUCUACAGUUCAUAAAGUAUUGAAUGGCAUUUAAAUGUGUGGACUCUUGUCUAGCACGUCUGUGCCGUGUUGCUCAAAGCGGUAUGGAAAGUGGGGGCUGUUGUUUUCCACCCUCCCCACAAGAGGUCAGUGGUAGAGCAGAAAGUGGCAAUGAUCUUCAAGCACAGUGAGUGCCUCUGCUGUUUUCACCUUCUCUCUUGCUCAGGCUUUGCCAUUUGUAACCUCUGUUCCUUGCUUGCAUGUAGCCAGAAGGAUUUUCAGGCUAGGUCCAAAACUGUAUGACAAAUUUAGGUACCAUAGCAUAAUAACACAUGGCCCUGGUGCCGUAUCUGGCUGAAAGGGAACCUGCUUUGGUCCUUUCCCUGUGCUUUAGGGUAAUAAUCUGACCUUUAGCCCACCUUCAGCCUGCUCUAGAGGGUCUUGUGAGAAAGUAGACUCUUCACAGCAUCUGUUUAUGAAACAGAUCAAUUAUUUGCAUGGCUGUGGUAGCGUGUGCACACUUAAAAGGCAGGUAGUUAAGGACCAAUAAAGGCUGAAGAGUUGGUGAAGGCAGUUGUACUGCCAGUUGUGUUAGAUGUGUGUGUGUGCAUAUGCUGCUUCCACUUCCCCCACCUUGGACCAUCUAGCAGAAAGUGUAUUUCCCUGGAACUGAGAAGAAAAAAGGAAACAGUGAAUAGGUGUCACUAAAACAUCACUUCUCACUUUUGUCACUCAGCUAGCAUGAAAGAAAAAAAAAUACAAUUCUGCUGAGUGUAGUUAAUUUGGCUCAUACACUGCCUUGAGGUACCAGUGUAUCUUGGCUGAUGUGAAGAGAAAUUGUAAGAAGUAGGAGAAUAUUGUGAGGGAUUAUUCUGAUGGCAAUGGCUUUAUUCAUAUAAAUUAGAGCACUGCUGUAUUUUGAGCUUGUGUGGGAAAUAUUGAUAGCCAUUAUCCUUUGUUGGGAAGGAACCGCUAGUGCAGUUUCAGUAUAGAAGGAGGUGGACGUGUGCUGUGGUUUAAGCUGGCCAGCAGCUAAAACAACCACAGAGCUGUUGCUCACUCUCGCUGUUCGCUCACUCUCCUCUGGUGGGAUGGGGGAAAGAAUUGAGGGGGAAAAGAAAAGGUAGAACUUGUGGGUUGAGAGAAAAGCAGUUUAAUAGGACAGAAAAGGAAGAAAAUAAUAGUAAUAAUAAUGAUGAUGAUAAAAGAAUGUACAAAACAAGUGAUGCACGGCACAGUUGCUAACCAUGCACUGACCAAUGCCCAGCUAGUUCCUGAGCCACAGUUUCCGUGGCCACCUUCCUCCAGGUUUGUAUGCUGAGCGUGAUGUUGUAUGGUAUGGAAUAUCCCUUUGAGAGGUUUGGUUCAGCUGUCAUGGUGGUGUCCUCUCCUGGCUUUUUGUGCUGCUUGUUGACAGGCUUGUAUGAAAAGCUGAAAAGCCCUUGACUGCUUAGAAACAACUGAAACACCAGGGCAUUAUCAAUAUUGUUCUAAAUCCAAAGAACAUACCAGCUACUAGGAAGAAAAUUAACUCUAUCCCAGCUGAAACCAGGACAGUGUGGAGGAAGGACAUGGCAGAAGCAGAAAACUUAACUCAGUUUGCUUUUUGAGAUCCCCUUGCUAGUAGGACUGGAGCAUACUUGCAUUUUAGGAACAGCCCGUGUGAGUGGAAAUAGUAUCUACAUCUAAGGAUGGAGAGAGGGAUGGGACCUUCUAUUUCUUCCAAAGACCAUAUGUAUCUUAAAUAGUCUGGGCUCUGGUUUGAACUUACUGAUAAGAGGCUGCAGCCUCUUUGAGGUAUGGAGGCAGAAGGUGAAGGACACUGAUGAAAGGCAAAGGAAGGCUGAUGGCGAAGCUGAGGAUAGAGUGACACCUUCCACUAGAUCAGGUUGCACAAAGGCCUGUUCAGCGUGACCUUGAACACUUCCAAUGAUGGGGCAUCCACAACUUCUCUGGGCAAGCUCUUUCAGUGUCUCAGCAUCCUCAUUGUAACUCUUCUUCCUUAUGUCUGAUUUUAACCUACCUUUUUAAACCUGCUACCCCUUGUGUUCACCACAGGCUCUGGCAAAAAGUCUUUCUCCAUCUUUCUUACAAGUCCUUUUUAAGUAUUGACAGACCACAAUAAGGUCUCCCUGAAGCCUUCUCUUCUCCAGGCGGAACAACCCAAACUCUCUUAGCCUUUUCUCAUAAGAGAAGUGUUCCGUCCCUCUGAUCAUUUUUGUGGCCCUCUUCUGGACCUGCUCCAGCAGGUGCAUGUCUGUCUUGUGCUGGGGACCCCAGAUCUGGAUGCAGUACUCCAGGUGUGGUCUUGUGAGAACGGAGUAGAGGAGAGAAAUCACCUUCCUUGACCUGCUGGCCAUGCUUUUUAUGCAGCCCAGAAUACCACAGGGUUCUUUAUAUGAUGAGGCUUUUUAUGUAGCCCAGGAUACAAAAUGGGGAGGUUAACAACAUCUUGGGUGUGGACUAUAUACUCCACUGUCCUUCCUUGUGCUGGAAAGCUAUUAAAGCUAUUAGGAGCCUGCCCUGGGCGGUGCUCAGUUUCUGCCAUGGAGGGUAAGAAUUUUUGAGUUUGGCAAAAAUGCCACUGACUUCAGCUAGUAUGGGACUUUCCCAGUGUUUCCUUGCUAGCUGUGCAGGGCACUGAGUGACCUUAUCAGCAACACUCAGAAAUUUUGCAUCUUGGAAAUCGUUUCUCCUCCCUCCUUCUUUCAGUAUAUCAUGGUGGUGUCUGUACUGUGAUACACGACCAGCAAAGAGUCAGUCAUUGAUCCUGAAAGUGAGUACGUUCCUCUUACCAAAGAAUUAUUUUGUUGUUACUUAUAAUGAAAUAUUGAGUAUUUAAAAAUAAAUACUUUAAAAGACACAGUAUUUGAGUACUGUUGUACCACACUUGUACUAUUAAUCGAAGUAUUGCCAUGCAUUUACAGUGUAUAGUACAGUGCUUGCCAUGGUUUAACCACAACACAUACAGUACAAGGUGUUCUUUGCUUCUUCCUGUUCUGGUUGGUUUGUUUGGUUUUUUUUUUUAAAGGCUCUAAACCAGGCUGUGCAAUAUCAACAUAAUAUUGCAGCUAUGGAAUGAGCAGAGUUCACAGCAAACAGACUUCCCUUGCUGUGUGCAUGCGAAUUCUGAAGUGCCCUACCUUUUCUUCAUAGCAUUUCACACUGGAGUUAAUUUGAUGGCAGUUGCUCGUUUACUGGACUUCACAAUACGAUCUGCGAUGUUCUUGUUAGCUUAGUUUUUUAUUUCCCAAGAUGGAUCUCAUUCAGUCUUUUUUUUUGUAGCUCUGUUUCUAUCCUGAGUUUCGUGAAACUUCAUCGAAAGAAUAAUCUGUAUGUUUUAUGAAAAUACUGUCUUCUCUUUGUAAGUGUUAAUGAAAUAAAGUAAAAUUGAAAUGAUCUUUUUUUCAAAGCAACCAACCUAACGUGAUGCUGAAAUUCAUAUUUUUAUUUCUGCCUCCCUGUUCCCACCUUUCUCUUCCCAAAUAAAACCAACCCCAAAAAGUCUGCAAGUCUAAAAGAAGGAGUAUAUACACAGUUGAUACCAAAUAUUCUGGCAAGUAAAACUUUCUAAGAAUUGUUUUGGAGUUUUAGAAAGCAAGCAUCCUUUAUCAGGGGUGGGCGACAUGAGGGAGCGGUCUCCAUCAAUAGCAAGACCAGAGCUGGGGAAUGAAUAGAUUUCCCGCUUAUGUGUGUAUGGAUAAAUUCUCCCAGAAAUCUUAUGCAUAUUCUAUUACUUUCCAAGGUCUAAUUUUAAUAUUGCUAUGAAACUUUGUAACAGUCAAAACUCCUGCUAAUCUGGAGCUGACUCCAGCUCUGCCUGACCUUGCCUUUAAGAUAAAAGAAACUCCAGAGGUGAUCAUAGAAUCACAUUUGUUCAGCACAGACCACAGUGAACACAAAGCAUUAUCAUCUUCAAAGAAUGAACAGCAUCUGGAAAAACGCUGUCUAAAAGAAAACAUGCCAUCAGAGGGACAUUCUGUCUAACUUUCAAAGAACACAAUUGCUGAGAUGAAACUUCAGCUUAAAUUAAAAUAUUCCACUUUUUGUUAUAGUAGCUACUUCACAGUAAACACAUGCAUCAGGAAAGAAUAUCAGAUUAAUUGGCAUGUCUAAGUUGUGUGUUCUUGGAGCCAUCAAAAAAACUAACCAAAACAAACUAUUCCUUUGCAUAUUUUGUUCAUGAUUCCUUUGUGUUGUUAGUCAAGUAUAGGGCAUCUGAUUUUCUGGCUUGGCCAGUAUCAUUGAGAAGGAGGAGCAGUACUUUGCCUACAGUUACCUCUGUUAUCAUUUAAGACCAGUAUGAGGAUUGUUCUCAGGCCUUGGAAAUAAGCAAAAGGCCAAACCUGGUUUUGGCAUACUGGAUUGGGUUUGCAGAGCAAGGUUUUGGUAGCUUGGAGGCUACAGGGUGGUUUCUGUGAAAAACUGCUAGAAGCUUUCCCCAUGUCUGAUAGAGCCAGUGCUGGCCAACACCAAGGUGGACCUGCAGCAGGCCAAGGUUGAACCGAUCAGCAACCAGCGUAAAGCCUCUGUGGUAACAUAUUUAAGAAGGGGGAAGGUUGCUACACAAGCACAUGUACAGCUGGAAAAAAUAGUGAGAAUAUGUAGAACAACUCUGCAGACACCAAGGUCAGUAUAGAAGGAAGGGGAGGAGGUGCUCCAGGCAUCAGAGCGGAGAUUACCCUGCAGCGUGUAGAGAAGACCUUGGUGAGUCAGGAUGUCCUGCAGCUCGUGGAGGCACGUGGUGGAGUAGAUAUCCACCUGCAGCCUGUGGAGGACCCCUGUGCCAGAGACAGUGGAUGCCCAAAGGAUGCUGUGACCCCAAGGGAAGCCCAUGCUAGAAUAGGCUCAUGUGAACCCAUGGGGAGAGGAGCCCACGCUGGAGCAGGUCUGCUGGCAGGACUUGUGACCUGAUGGGGACCCACACUAGAACAAUCUGUGCUAAAAGACCACACUCUAUGGAAGGGACCCACGCUGUAACAGUUCAUGAAGAACGGCAGUCCAUGGAAAGGAUCCACAUUGGAGAAGUUCAUGGAGGACUGUCUUCUGUAGGGGGGACCC